AUGAAGACCCCUCUUGAGGCUUUCGUUCCUUUUUCUUCCUUACUUUCACUCAUUACUUUUCCUUAUCUUAUUUAUGCCUCCUCCAAUGCAGCCACACUGGCAACAGUUGCUCCGAUGGGCGAGUUGAAGACCAACGACCCCAUUGCCUCCCCUCUCGUUAAUGGCUGCCCGCAAUCAUGCUCGCUCGUGGGUGACGAUCCGGGUAAUUGGACCUGGAUCCCUCAUCACGAGGAUAUGAUCAGAUGUGAGCAGCCGCUUUUAUUUGACUUCCAAAUUGGAAAUGAGCCAAGCUACCAUUCAGCUAUACGCUCUUGUGCUGUUUCCACAGAGUUCGCCGAGCGGCCUGCAAGUCCCAGUAGGAACCAAUUUAGCUGGGCUAAUAUCGACAAAAAUGACUCCGAGGCUGUGGACCAGUCUUUGACAACAUCCAACUCUUGUGGAGCAUCUCAACGUACUACAGCCGUUGCUGUCGAGUUGGGCCCUACUGGUGUUAUCAAAGCCGGUGAUGAUGCCGAGAGUGCGGUCAAGAAUCUCGUGGAUUACAUGACCAAUUCUGCAUCGUGUGGCUCAACGAUCCUCCUUUCCAAGGUUGGCCAUACUAUAGCUGCAUUAUACGUGGGAGCGGAUGUCUACCAAAGCGGUGUUGGCUCCUUCCUCCAGCAGUUCUCUGAGAAGUUCAAGGGUGGCUUGCAAACGCUUCAAGCUUGCAAUUCGAAGUCAAAGCAAGAUACAACAAUUGGAAUUCGCAUCAUCGAUUCAGUUGACCAGCUUGAAGCCACCCACAGAGCCCUGCAAGACUGGGCUAAGGGUACUUGUCUGAGCACCGGUGGACGGGGCUUAGUCCAAGCGGAGAUAACUACUCUGGGAGUCUCUGCAGCCAACAAGCGCUCCUCCAUUUCCUCCUUCUUUGAGAAUACUCUUGCCCCACGAGGUGACUGCAGAACUAUCACAGUCGGGAGUGGAGAUAGCUGUGGGGCCCUAGCAAGCCGUUGCGGAAUUUCGGCCAACGACUUCACCAAGUACAACAAGGCAUCCAAUCUUUGUUCAACCUUAAUGCCUAAGCAGCGUGCUCUUUGCCAGAUAUCACUCCGAAGCCGCAAGCGGAUGGAACCUGUGCCGUUCACUCAAAUUCAAGCAAAGGACGACUGUGAUGGCAUUGCAGCUCAUUUUGGAAUCACCGUAGCCGAUAUCAACAGCUACAACAAGGCAACAUGGGCAUGGGCUGGUUGCAAUAAGCUUCAACUAAAGCAGGUGAUUUGCCUUAGCAAAGGCAACACUCCGAUGCCAUCUUCACUAAGCAACGCCGUCUGUGGUCCUCAGAAGCCCGGUACCAAGGCACCGUCUGGCCAUUAUACUGGCUGGAACUUGACAGAACUUAAUCCUUGUCCUCUCAAUGCAUGUUGCUCUGGAUGGGGCUUUUGUGGCACCACCGAAGAAUUUUGCACCGAGUCACCAGCCGAUACAAAGGCCCCAGGAGCCUUUCAAAAGGGAAAAAACGGGUGCAUCUCCCACUGCGGCACUGAUGUUGUCAACAAUGACAAGGCUCCGGAGAGUUUCCAUCACGUUACCUACUACGAGGCAUUUAAUGUGAAGCGUGAUUGCCUCAACAUGGAUGUCAAGGAGAUCAACGAUGAUAAAUUGACACAUGUGCAUUUUGCUUUUGCUGGGUUGACCAAAGACUUUGACGUCAGCUUCGAUGAUAGCUUUGAGGACCAGUUCCUCAGCUUCGUUGAGUUAGAUGUUCCAUGGAAAAAAGUUCUGUCAUUUGGCGGAUGGGCAGAGUCUACCGACUCAGACACUUUCCAGCUGUAUCGCGAUGUCGUCAAGUCAGGUAACCGUGAUAAAUUUGCCAAGAAUAUCGCUGCCUUCCUUGACAAGCACAAUCUGGACGGUAUUGACUUUGACUGGGAGUACCCCGGUGCCACUGAUAUUCCGGGAGUUCCAGCUGGCGCUUCUGAUGAAACGUCUGAUUAUCUUGAAUUCUUGAAAUUGAUGAAAAAUACCAUUGGCAACAGAUCGCUCUCGAUCGCUUUACCGGCAUCAUACUGGUACUUGAAAGCUUUCCCCAUCGCAAAGAUGGCACCCUAUCUGAGCUAUUUUAUUUACAUGACCUACGAUCUGCAUGGGCAAUGGGAUUACGGCAAUGCCUAUGCCGAUGUUGGCUGCUCUGGUGGAAAUUGCCUCAGAUCCCAUGUCAACAAGACAGAGACGCUUAACUCACUGGCUAUGAUCACGAAGGCUGGUGUCCCCGCAUCGAAAGUUGUUGUUGGUGUCUCUAGCUACGGUCGAAGCUUUGGAAUGUCAGAUCCAAGCUGCACUGGUCCUAUGUGCACAUACACCGGCAGUUUCAACCAGUCAACUGCUGAACCUGGGUUAUGUACCAAUACGGGAGGAUACAUUGCAAAUGCCGAGCUGGAUCAAAUUGUCGACAGUGCCAACAAUGGAUUUGAGAGGUUCAAGGCUCGCACAUGGCACGACGAUAAGUCCGACUCGGAUAUCAUGGUUUACGGCAGUUAUGGGGAGAUCACGACUUGGGUAGCAUACAUGAAUGAUACUACCAAGAACAACCGAAUUGACUGGGUUAAAGGACUCAAUUUCGGUGGUGUUUCAGACUGGGCGAUCGAUCUUGCCAGCUGGAACUCCGGCAUCGACCCCGACUCGCAAGAUGCUGUGGAUCUGGAGGCCGAACUUCCUAAAGGAUGCCCAUCAGACGCCUGGCCUGACAAUCUAGAUGAUCUCAAUAACAUGAUCGAUUCCAUUGACACUGAGUGCCAAGGGCAAGCGGUCGUUCACGUCUUGCUCGCCAUGGUCGGACCCGCCAUCUCUGAUUACAAAGACGCACUGAAAGAUUUUGAUGAAUAUUUCGGAUACUACGAAGAAUGGGUCAGAAACCGCAUUGACGAUUCCCUCAAACUGUUCAUGUGGAGCGAUGGAAGAAAAUAUAUGGAUUGCAAGUGGAGCUCAAAAGAUUCAAGUGGCUCUGGGCCUUGUACGGAUAUGCUUGUCAAGCAAGGUCAGCCGGGACAAGGCACUGUGACAGUCACGUACAAGAUGCGGGAUGAGGACGGCUUCUACAAAGCUCUUACGGACGACUACGGCAUCGACAAAGACUGGAUCAAGUGGGUUGAUAUAGGAUCGGAAGUCCAACAGUGCCACUGUCCUGAUUUGAAGCACAAUUGUCCCGACUGCACGGGCGAACCUGACGCGAAUGUAUACCACAACUGGCCACAAAAGAUCGAUGACAACAGCAAGAUCAAGAUCACGAACCCCAAAUCAGUCAUUGAGGCCGCCAUCCCCAACAUCUCAGACCUUUCAACUGUCAUGCUUGGCACGUAUGCACAGAUGCGCUUGGAGAUCUUCGAUGCGGAUGACGCGGAUGUUGCCACCGCAUUCAGCAUGCCCGUCUUCAUGCUUGGAGACGCAACAGACUCAAUCAAGGAAAUCAAAAAGAUUGGCAAACAGCAAAAGGAGGCGGACGACAAAGCAAAGAUCAGCUUUAUUUUGGAUAUUGUGAGCAUCGUGCUCAUGAUUAUUCCAUUUGCUGGUGAGGCAGCUGAGGCGAUUGGUGGUGUGGCCAAUGUGGCACGAGCAGCAAUGAUCAUUGGUGAGGCUGGCAAUGCGGCCAUUACUGUUGCUGAUAUCGUAGAGGAUCCAACCUCGGCUCCGUUUGCUAUCCUGGGUCUACUGAUGGGAGCCAAUGCUGGUGUCGUUGGCAAAGGAACUAAGGGCGCCUUCACUAAAGCUUCGGCUGUUCGUAAGGCGAUGUCAACUGACACACUGAAAUCUUUCAGCGACACGUUCCGCAAGAAUGAUGACAUCGUGCAGAACAUUAUCAAAGCUUGCCGUGGUUAG